UAUUUACAAGCUAAACAGAUGUCAUGGUUCCAUUGGCUGGGCGUCAACACUUCUAUACGUGAACGUGACUACAUACAUACCUCCCUCAAUGUACUGCGCAAAAUCUGCUGUGUAAAAAAUUCACUACGUUAUUACUGUUCUCUCUCUAGCGCGUUUAUGUAUGAAAGCUGACCACAAGCUUUUGACUUCAAGCAUUCAGUCAUCAUCCAUGGCUGAAAGCGGAUCGUCGGGCAAUCUAGGGUUCCGAUUGGAUAUAAAGCAGAUCUUGUCAGAAGCCCAACAUCGCUGGUUAAGACCUGCUGAAAUAGCCGAAAUACUAAGAAACUAUCAAAAGUUUCAUAUUUCUCCUGAGGCUCCAAAUAAGCCAGUCAGUGGUUCUGUUUUUCUCUUCGAUCGAAAGGUAUUGCGAUACUUCCGGAAGGAUGGACAUAAUUGGAGAAAGAAAAAGGAUGGUAAAACUGUAAAAGAAGCCCAUGAGAAACUGAAGGUCGGAAGUGUUGAUAUGUUGCACUGUUACUAUGCUCAUGGCGAGGAUAAUGAAUACUUCCAAAGACGCAGCUACUGGUUGCUUGAAGAGGAUCGCAUGCACAUAGUGUUUGUGCACUAUCUGGAAGUCAAGGGUAAUAAGAUGAACAUCAGCUCUCUUAGAAGCAGUGAUACAGUUGCCUCAAAUUCCGAAAAUAAUAGCUUAUUGUCUUCCAGUUUCCGUGGAGCUAGCCCCAGCAGUACCAUGUCAUCAGCAUAUGAAGAUGCUGAAUCAGAAUUCCCUGUGGAGGAUAAUCACCAAGCUAGUUCUAGAUUUCAUUCAUAUGUAGAGUCACCAUUUACAGUCAGAAGUGAUUAUGUUCAAUCAAGCUCGUGUAACCAACUCUCUCUUCCAGGGGAUCAGAGUGCUUUGUCUUUGAAUUAUGCAUCACUUUCCCAGUCUCACACGGAUCCAGAUUUAAGUGGCAUCAGUUUUGCAUAUGGGGGCAAACCAGCAGUUGACUUGGCAUCUUGGCAAGAAGUGCUUGGAAACUCCACGUCUGGUGACAUUGCUUACCAACAGGAAUCUGGCUCCUCCCUACCUGUCCAUCAUUCCUUUGGAGAUGGUUCGUUGCACAACCCAUCCACAAACCAAAACUCGAUGCCGAGUUUGCCUCGUGAUCAUGGACGUAACUUUGAGGAAAUAUCUCUUCCACUGAAUCAACAGAAUUUUGUGGAGCCAUUUUGCAUCCUUCCUCAUGAGCAGUCUGUGCAAAAGAAUCUUCAAUUGCCUCUUUUAGAUGCAGAGACUGGAAACAAUAUAAAUCCAAAUGUGGAGAAUGUUCUGAGUAUGAUAGGAAAUGAAAACUACUCAAUUCUUAUGAAAAAGCCAUUGAUAAGUGGCUUGCAGAAGGAUGAAAGCCUAAAAAAAGUUGACAGCUUUUCCCGUUGGAUGGCUAAUGAACUUGGAGGAUCUGGUGAACUGAAUUUGCACUCGGAUAAUGGAAUUUCAUGGAGUAUCAUGGGGAAUGAGUACGACUCUAAUAUGCCUGGUACAUUGCAAGCGGAUACAGACACACUGAACCCGUCAAUUUCUCAGGACCAGCUGUUCAGCAUUACUGAGUGUUUGCCAAACUAUGCUUAUGCAGACUUGGAAACCAAGGUGCUUAUCACUGGAAUCUUUCUCAAGAGUAAACAAGAGUUGUCAAAAUGCAGAUGGUCAAUUAUGUUUGGUCAAGAGGAGGUUGCAGCUGAAGUUUUUGCAGAUGGAGUUCUUUGUUGCCUGGCGCCACCUCACGAGCCUGGACUUGUCCCAUUCUAUGUGACUUGUUCGAACAGGUUGGCCUGUAGUGAAGUGCGAGAAUUUGAAUACAGGCCUGCAACGCACCCUAUGGGUUCUGUUUAUGGCCAUGCAGAUACUGCAAUUGUCAUGCAUCUUUAUCAGCGAUUUGAGAUGAUAUUGUCCCGUGGGCCUGCUGCUAGUUCAGUAAAUUUUGUUGGAAAUGACUCCGAGAGACAGAAUAUAGUCAAUAAAAUUGUUUCUAUGAUGGAGGAGGAGAAUAACCAGGAAAUAAAGAUGAUUACAGACGACACAUCAGUGCGGAAGGGGAGUGCUCAAGUACUCCUUGAGAAGCAGCUAAAGGAGAAGUUUUACUCUUGGCUUGUGCACCGAGUAACUGAGGAUGGCAAGGGCCUAACGGUUCUUGAUGAAUGGGGUCAAGGUGUUCUGCACUUGUCAGCUGCUCUUGGGUUCAAUUGGGCCCUUCAGCCAAUUAUAGUUUCUGGAAUCAGUAUAGAUUUUCGUGAUGUGAAUGGAUGGACAGCACUUCACUGGGCUGCUUUCUAUGGCAGAGAGGAGACAGUCGCCGCCCUUGUUUCUCUAGGCGCGACUCCCGGGGCCCUAACCGACCCAUCUGCUGAAUGCCCUCUGGCCAGAACCCCUGCUGACCUGGCAUCUUUGAGUGGGCACAAAGGGAUAUCCGGUUUUCUCGCGGAGUCUUCCCUGACCACCCAACUCUCAAACCUCGGAGUUGAUGAUCAAAGCACAUCAGAGGUUUCAUGUGCCAAAGCAGUACAGACAGUUUCCGAACGUUCAGCACUCUCAACAGGCGAGGGUGACGUGCCAGAUGCUCUCUCCCUCAAGGACUCACUUGCAGCCGUCUGUAACGCCACUCAGGCGGCGGCACGCAUCCAUCAGAUUUUCCGGAUUCAGUCAUUUCAGAGGAAGCAAUUUGUCGAAAAGGGUGUUGAUGAGCUGCUGGGUUCAGAUGAGCGUGCUAUUUCUCUUACUGCCUCUAGAGCCUCUGGCUUGGGCCAGUCUGGUCGUACGGAAAAUGCUGCUGCAGUGCGUAUCCAGAAAAAGUUUCGUGGUUGGAAGAAGCGGAAAGAGUUCCUGUUAAUUCGGCAGAAAGUUGUGAAGAUCCAGGCUCACUUCAGGGGGCAUCAGGUCAGGAAGAAAUAUAAACCUAUUAUCUGGUCAGUGGGGAUAAUGGAGAAGGUGAUCCUGCGAUGGAGGCGUAAAGGAAGUGGCUUACGUGGAUUCCGGUCUGAUGCUGUCCCGAAAGUGCCAAAUGCCCAGGACACCUUUUCACAGGAAGACGAUUACGACUUUCUUAAAGAAGGGAGAAAGCAAACUGAAGAGAGGAUGCAAAAAGCACUUUCUAGGGUGAAGUCCAUGACUCAAUACCCUGAAGCUCGAGCUCAGUACCGUAGGCUGUUGACUGCUGCUAAAGACUUCAGAGAAACUAAGGAGGAGACUUCAGACACGAUUCCAGAAAGCAUUGAAAAUGUAAAUUACCCUGAGGAGGAUUUGCUUGAUAUUGAAAGCCUCUUGGAUGACGAUACUUUCAUGUCUUUGGCUUUCGAAUGAGUGCGUGUAAACCUUCUUCCUAGGACUGUGCCUAACCUUAUAUUGUUGCUUAUCUUUACAAAAUAAAAUUGGGAGUAUAUCUCAUUUCUUUUGUAAAUAUAUGGUGGUAUAAGAAUGUCAAAAUCCUGUGGGAAUUUGGAUGAUGAUAUUUGUACUGUAUUCUUUGAAGUGGAUUUCCGCAGGAUGAAAGAAUAGGACAGGCCUGGAUAAGCUAACCAUACACUUUAUAUGUUUCUUUUUAUGUUAAUCGACUAGUAAUCAACUGAGGAAUUUGUUCGAUGACCUUUUAUCCGGUGCUAUCAUAUAAUAGUUGAUGUAUUAUUAUUAUUAUUAUU